ACUAAAACUAUAAUAAAAUCAUGUUAAGCACGAAAUGGUUGGUGUUGUGGUCGCUGUGGGCGGCGCAGCUGGCGCGUCAGCCGACGGCGCCGCUGCGCGUGAGCAGCGGGCUGCUGCGCGGGAGCGUCGCGCGUGACGGCUCACAUGUAGCAUAUUUGGGGAUCCCUUAUGCUACUGUCACGAGAGAGAAUAGGUUUAAAGCCCCUGGUCCCGAGCCAAAAUGGGAUGGCACCUUUGAAGCGGACAGAGACCAUAUCCGCUGUCUCCAACGUCUGGACAUCAGGACCGACUUCUUCAGCGGCCAGGAAGACUGCCUCACCUUAAACGUCUACACCCCUCUCACCCCCACCCACCUUCUACCUGUCAUGGUCUUCAUCCAUGGCGGAGCCUACAUCGAAGGCUCAGGCUCGCGAGCUAUCUUUGGACCAAGAAAUUUAGUCUCCAGCGGCGUUAUUCUCGUCACCAUAAACUAUAGGCUCAAUGUCCAAGGAUUCCUUUGCCUAGGCAUCAAAGAAGCCCCAGGAAAUGCCGGAAUAAAAGACCAAGUAGCAGCGUUGAAGUGGAUUCAGAGAAACAUAAGGGCAUUCGGCGGAGAUCCUGACAAUGUAACUCUGUUUGGAGAAAGCGCUGGGGCAUCAUCAGUGUCUUAUCAUUUACUAUCUCCAAUGUCUAAAGGUAUGUUCCACAAGGCCAUAAUGCAAAGUGGCUCCUCUUUAGCCCCAUGGGCAUACCAGACAUCGCCAUUACAAAUUGCCGCUUCUUUGGCCAAAGUCAUGGGUUAUGAAUCCGAAAACCCUCAUGACCUUUACAAUUUUUACUCUAAAAAGACUGACAUAGAACUUGUAACACCGAGGAUUCCUCGUGAACACGGUGCCAGCAUUUUUUCAGAACUCUUAGCUUCGCCUUGCGUUGAGAAGAAAAUUGAAGGUGUGGAAGCAUUUUUGACGGAGGAACCUUAUGAACGGUUAUCAAGAGGGGAGUUCACAAAGGUGCCUUUAAUGAUAGGCACCACUAGCGAAGAAGGAUAUUUCUUCACUAGCUUCGAGAAUAGUACAACCCUAUCAAGCAUGGAUUUCUCAAAAGCGCUGCCAAGCAACUUAAAAUUUCCUACAGAAGAGAAACAGCUAGAAGUAGCGUACAGAUUUAAAGAAAUGUACAUGGGCAAUGAAGCAGUAUCUAAGCUAACUUUAGAAAAGUUGUCCAAGUUUUACGGGGAGCCAUUCUUCGUGUACCCUAUCCUAAAAGAGACUGAACUAAUAUUGAACAAGACAAAUCAACCUGUGUUUAGUUUCGUAUUUGACUACGCAGGUUGGAAGAACGUUCCCAAGGCGUGGGCAGGAUUUGGAACAGCUUCUGGGGCUACUCAUGGGGAUGAGCUCUUCUAUUUAUUUGAACAGCUCUUGAUACCGAAUAUGUUUGAGUGGAGAAUGAUGGAGAAAAUGUCCACUAUGUGGACAAACUUCGCCAAGUUUGGAGACCCAACCCCAGAAACAUUGCAGCUGUUGUCAUUAAAAUGGCCGCCGACCAACCUCUCAUCUCCCGAAGCCUUCGUAAUAGACAAGGAACUUUCUACUCGCCCGCUGUGGUCAAGUAGCUCGCUCAAGUACUGGAACGAAGUCUACACUAAAUAUAGAUCACAUUGAUGGGAUUUGUUGCGAACUUCACAGUUGAAAGACGUCCACUUUUGAUAACAGGGGGACUGAGGAUAACACCAAC